AAACCUUUUGGGAUUCUGACAAGGUGACGCAAGUACAUAGAUGCUAUCAGUCAUUUCUAUUUUAUAAGUUUUGCUCGGAAUCAAAGGAAACACACACCCGGGCUUGUUGCACCGGGCGACAGCAUGAGCCAAGAGUCAAUAGACAUCAGAGCAAAGGGCUGUGGUCACGAGGCACUUGUGACCCUGCGCCGUAACGAACUGAUCCGGAAUCUGCGUGCACUAGUGGCUGUGCGUUUUGAACGGGCUAUUCCUAGGAUUAUUCUGGUCUUCGCUGGCCAGAUGCUAAGUGACGAGGGUACCAUUGACAGUAAGGGCAUUGUGCCCGGAGUCACCGUGCACGUGGUUUGUCGUGCUGAAGUUCCUAGCUGUAGAUUUCUGAAGUCAAGCCUUGGCAUCAAGGCUUCCAAAUCGAGCGAACGCUCUUUGUCUUUGAAAUCAGCCAACAUUUCCUAUCUUAACCAUGAGCCCGGUCUGAUAAGAAACCUUUUGCAGUCUGAUCCUCGGAUACGGAACCUUCUGGAAGAGAAUGUAGCCAUGCGCCACUUUUUAAACAGCGAUCAAAACCUACGUGAGAUGCUCUCGUUGGCUUUUAGUUCGGCCAAGCAGGAAUUGGGACGUCGCCGUGACCUCCACAUAUCGCGCAUGGAGCUUAUUCCCGGCGGCUAUGAGAUGUUGGGUCGCCUGAACUAUUGCAUGCUUCAGGCUUACGAAGACAGUGUCGCCAUGUCCUUUCAGCAAGCAUCAUAUGGCGCCGAAGAAGGCUCAAAUCCCCAGCGAGGUCGCGAAGUCAAAGACCCACUUCCUAAUCCUUGGCGCCGCACAGCAAGCAGAAUCGACCUUAAAAGAAUUGGCGUUCUGGCCAGACGCAUUCUCGCAGGACGGGCUUCCGCUACCCAACACGAAACUUUUACCAAAAACAGCCCCUUGAAGCAGGAGGCUUCUACUGAACCACAGGUCAAGCGAGUCGACCUUCGUGCCCGCAAACAGGUUCGCUGGAUGCAAUAUUAUCGUGUCCAGCUGGAACAGCUGUUUCAGAUGGGUUACAGGAACCGCAAUCGAAACAAACGAGCUCUGCUGAUCUCUCUGGGCGACGUUAAUAGCGCUAUCAGACUAUUGGACCACUGGGAUCGGUCUAGGGAAGAAUAAGAUCCGUUUGUAACACUUUUGUUAUGUUUAUUUUUGGCUUAAAGUCCGUGACUGCAUCCCAA